AGUCGAAUCACGUAGAGCAUCUACAAAAUCCUUGAAAAUCGAACUGCGUUUUGAAGACUCCGAAAUCAUUCGGUUUACUUUGAGGAGAGGAGCUUACUCGAAUGUAUCUCGGGGAAAUUGUGUAGACACACAACUUUUUACCGAGAAACGUAUCUUGAGAAAGACGUGUCUUGAGCCCUGCGUUUGAUCGAGGAGGGAGAUUGCACCGGAUAUUCGAUUCGUUACGUAACGCACCCACAACAAACAGCCGCGGAAACAAAGGAGCCGCGAGGAAACGAGCUUCGGGCUUCGAUUGAUCACUCUCCUGUCUCGUUCGUCGACGUGAGAAAGAUCUUUCCGUUGCAGCGUUUCUCAGAGACGAGGGCGAAGAGCGAAACGAUCUGACACGGCAAGACACCAAGCAACACAACACUGACGACGACGAAGACGACAACACGCCGCGAAGGUCGAACCCACGUGACACGGCGUUUAGCCGGCGCUACCAAAUAUUGUGGCUGCGCGAUACAAUUCGUGACGUUCGGAAGACGUCAGACUUGAUACGUGAAACGCGUGUCGCGUGUUGUGUCGAGGAACUCGAAGACGUAAUCGCUGCAAGCUGCAUCUCUCUAAUCUCUCCAAUCGAACUUACGCGCGGAGGAUGAGAAGCGCUUGUGAAGCGAAAAAGUGAGUGUUUUAUCACGAACUGGAGAUACUUAAAUGGUCCUCAAGUUUCUAUCUCACGGAUAAGGGACACAAGCGGAGGCCGAUGAAAAUGAAAAUGGCUCCCGCAGGGACACCUUCGUCAAAUGGUGGUUUGCCACCGCCUGUAGGGCCCACACUGACCGGCACGUCGUUUGCCAAUUAUAAAAGAACCUGGUGGAGGAGAGUAGCUCCCUGCCUGGCUUUUCUUGCCGCCUUUUCCACCGCCAUGGUUCUGCUUCUUUUCUGGAGCGAGGCUGCGGCUUUGAGGAGACAGGCGUUUGACGCGAACAUGACCAGAGAUUACGUGCUGGACAGCGUUUCGAUGGACAAUCCGCAAUUGGUGGCGUACAUACGGCAAGUGCAUCUAAAACCGACUACCCAUCAGGACCCGUUGAACGCCAAUCAGACGUCAGAGGAGAAGUACGUGGCCUCCUUGUCGCAGGGGAAGCGUGAGGGUAUCUACGCAGAGUACAUCAGCAGGAUAGGUGCGAUUUCCAGCACCGCUUGGCUGGAGUCCAAUCUGAACUGGCGCGGUGUCUUGAUACUUACCGAGCCCAAGAGCUUCUUCGAAGCGCAACGAAGUACCAGACACCCGCGAUCGAGAGUCCUCCAUGCCUGUCUCAGCACGGACACGGAUACCAAAGAGAUAAAGUACCAUCAGGAAUCGGAGGUCCAGGUCACCAAGCUAGGCGAUGGUCCUAACAGCCUCGUGUCAUCGGACGACGGUUUUCCUACCACUAGACUCAAGUGCUUUCCUCUCUACAGCGUGCUGUUAGCGUACAAUGCCACGAUCUUGGAUUACUUAAGUCUUGACAGUCCUGACGCUCCCGAUGGUCAGGUACUCGACACCAUCCCAUGGGACAUCAUAAAAAUAUCGAUAUUGUCGAUACGAUGGAGUCCUCAUCACAGCGAGGCGGAGACAAAGAGCUUCAUCGACAAGAUGACCAGCCGGAGGUACAAGCUCGUACACACGACAGACACUGGAAAGUCGAUUUUCUUGUACGACACUCUCCUUAAAAUUUGA